AUGGCGGCGGCGUGUCUGGUACUACGGAGGUCGCUGCGGGCGGGACAGCUGCUCGGGGGGCGAGCCUCCUGGCCUGUGGCUCCUCAGGCCGGGAUACCGCGGACCGCUCACAGCCGUGGAAGAAAACUGGCUCUCUCCACCAUCGGGGUCAUCGCCGCCGGAGGAGCCGGAUUGGUUUUCGCUCUCCACAAUUCGGUUAAAGCUACUGACCUGGAACUUCACGCUCCUAGCUACCCCUGGAGCCAUGGCGGCUUCCUCUCCUCCCUGGAUCAUGCCAGCAUCCGCCGUGGUUACCAGGUGUACAGGCAGGUGUGCGCCUGUCACAGUAUGGACUACAUCGCCUUCAGGAACCUGGUUGGGGUUACUCACACAGAAGCCGAAGCCAAGGCCCUCGCUGAGGAGGUGAGUAUCCUGGAUGGUCCCGAUGACAACGGCGAGAUGUUCACCCGUCCCGGGAAGCUGUCCGCUCUUCCAAAGCCGUAUCCCAACCCUGAAGCAGCUAGAGCAGCCAAUAACGGAGCCUUGCCCCCGGAUCUCAGCUACAUCGCCAAUGCCAGGCAUGGGGGAGAGGAUUACAUCUCUCUGCUCACUGGAUACUGCGACCCUCCAGCCGGCGUCACCAUGAGGGAAGGACUGUACUUCAACCCAUACUUCGUAGGCCAGGCCAUCGGUAUGGCACCUCCCAUCUACAAUGAAAUUCUGGAGUAUGACGACGGGACACCAGCAACAAUGACUCGGGCUAAAGAUGUCUGCACGUUCCUGCGAUGGGCCUCUGAGCCGGAACACGAUGACCGCAAGCGCAUGGGCCUUAAAAUCAUCUUGAUGUCGACUGUGAUUUCCGCUGUCCUCUACUACAUGAAGCGACACCGGUGGUCUGUGCUGAAGUCCAGGAAGAUGGUCUAUAAACCUCCAAAGUAACGCAAUGAUUGUACUUCUUUCGAACCCUCCUCAUCUGCGUUAGCGGCCUCGACGGUGAGAUCCGGAUCAUGGCAUCAGUCCCUUUCCUGCCUCUGAAGCUGCACUUGGACAGAAAACUCCGUUGUAAUAUUAUUUCCGGGCUCCUGUCUCCACAGGGUUCGCUCCUUUACAUUUUUCUUUUUGUUAUUUUUGCCUGUCGAUCAGUAUCGUCCACCUGAGAGGAUAAGGGACUACAGGGGGAAUCCACACAAAGUUCUCGAUGUCCAUUACAAUCCCUACCUGGGGAGGCUGAUAAAUUAAAUUAAAAAAGAAAUCUUUUAAAACCCAUGGAGGGUGAAGGGUCA